GCGAGUCUCAAUUCGUCUGACUGCCCGUGAAUCUCCCAGAAUGCCAGACUUCAUCAAUCUCAGGACAUUGAAGCCUCCAUCAGUAGAGACAGUUACAUUGGCAGCAAGGCAACCUCUCCCGGCCUCGACGUCUACUAUAACGAUCUCCGAGGAUCAAGAAGCAGGGGGGUCUGAAUCAGGAUCAACCGAUGGCAACGGAACUGUUCUCGCUCCUAUCGACAACGGGUUCGGAGCAUGGUCUUUUCUGGUGGCAGCUUUCUUCGUUGAGGCCAUCGUAUGGGGAUUUCCCAACUCUUUUGGCGUCUUCCUAGCAUCGUACCUCAACGAUCCUCGUUAUGCCUUACAAAAGGAUUCCUCUUCACUGCUGCCCCUAGUCGGCACAUUAUCCUCCGGGAUCAUGUAUUGCUCAGGACCUGUGAUCCAUACUCUGACCGGUCGCCGUCCAUACUUUCGACGGCCCCUAUUAUGGUUUGGCACAUUCUUAUGCUGGGCUAGCCUGUUCGGAGCAAGCUAUGCUACGAAGGUUAAUCAAUUGGUCGUUCUGCAAGGUGUGCUGUACGCCGUCGGGGGAUCUUUUCUUUACCACCCUUGCAUAUCAUAUAUGUCCGAAUGGUUCGUCGCUCGACGGGGACUUGCAAACGGGGUCAUGUUCGCAGGGACUGGGGCCGGAGGCCUUCUCCUUCCCCUCAUCCUGCCUCCCCUGUUGAACAAAUUUGGAGCGUCGAGCACCCUCCGUAUCCUCUCCAUAGCGAUUCUAUGUAUGCUCGUUCCCCUUUUGCCAUUCGUCAAAGGACGUCUACCAGAAUCCCGCGUGCACGGGCCAAAUUCUCGUGCGACAGAGCGGACAUGGAUGAAGAAUAAGGUGUUCUGGAUCGUUCUUAUCGCGAAUACCAUCCAGGGUUUCGCGUAUUUCAUACCGAUUAUCUGGCUUCCCACGUUUGCAACAGAGCUGCACAUCAACAGCACAGAAUCCUCCUUAGCCAUCGCACUCCUAAAUGGCGGCUCAGUCUGUGGUCGUGUAGCCAUGGGCGUCCUCUCCGACAGACUCGACCCCUGGCUGCUCGGCUCCUUUACGCUGCUCUCGACCUCCUUGGCGACUUUCGUGCUCUGGGGCGUGCUUUCGCGCAAUCUGGCAGGGCUCCUCGCCUACGGCCUGGCAUACGGCGGGCUUGCAGGAGGGUGGUCUAGUUUGUGGACCGGGUUCGUCCGGCCUAUCGCAAAGGACGACCCGACCCUGUCGACGUACAUCUUCGGUUUGCUGAUGCUGUCCCGUGGAUUGGGAAACAUCGUGUCCACCCCAAUAUCCACGUCCCUAUCCCAGGGAUACCCAACUGAUGCUAUGAAUGGCCAGACUGGAUUCGGCGUUGCGGGCGGGCGCUUCGAGAAGAUGAUCAUCUACGUCGGGACUUGCUUCGUCGGUGCUGCUGUUGUCGCUCUAGCGGGUUGGGGGAUGGAGAAGUCUCGGCCUCGUAGGACUUGACGGGAGCUGAUAGGUGCAAUCUGUCAUCAUGACAGCGUACUACAUUGACCGUAGUAUGCUUCGGAAUCUGGUAUGACUGACGAAAGUGAAUAACAAUAUUGCAGCGUACAGGUGGUGGCGUUGGUGGUGACUCUGGUGCAGCGAAGGUAUCAAUAAUGCAGGUAUAACUCCAUGGCGUGUCCGGUCGCCAAAUUAAUCCAGGACAUAUUCUGGAGUCCCGGACCAUUUCGCUCUCGGCCUGUAUUUCAGGUGUGCGCCUUCCAUUCGUUCCUUCACAGUAGUGUGGAACUGGGGGUUCGGGUCGGGUAUGUUCCUGCCGCGACCGAAGUGGAUGCUAUGCAACAUAAGCGAAAUCAGCCUUGUCCUCGCACCGUGAUUU